CACAACAGCAGCGAAGAUGGCUGCUCGAACGACCACGACGUUUGUGGGCGACCACAUGUGGUUUGCCCUGUACCCGAAGGACAUGGGGGUGGAGCUUGAGACGCUCGGGGAGCUGUUGACGGCAUGUGAGAAGGUGGCAGAGAGGUAUUGUGAGGGUUACAUCUGGCAGCAGGACCCGCUGGCCUUUGAGCUCCGCGCCGGCGGCGGCGUGGACGAGGAAGCGUGCAUUGUUGGUGGGCUCAACUUUGGCGACAACGUGGAGGAUGAGUGGUUUGCCACGUUCAUCCUGCGUGAGAUCACGCGGCAGCUCCCGCUCAUUGCCAAAGUGGAAGACACGGACGGCAGCUUCCUGCUCAUUGAGGUUGCGCAGGCGCUUCCCCGAUGGGUCGAGCCCGACACGGCACGCAACCGCGUGUUCCUCUGCGACGGCCAGCUGCACAUCGUGCCGCAGCCGUCAUCCCCAGCAGACAUUGGCGUCCUGCCGCAGGGUGACGCGAGCGUAUCACAGGCCCUCCGCGCCAUCCGCUGCUCCCCGAAACAGACGUGCGCGUCUGCCCAGGUCCAAUCCUUGCUGCAACACCGCCUCGCCCACUACCCACAGCAUGCCCAAGAGUCCAUGCACCACACCCGCUGCUUCCUCCCAGCCCGUCUCCUCAAGUACUUGGAAGAGCACCCGCAGACAGUAUCAUCGGCAGUGUCGUGCUUCUACCUGCGUGAUCCCAUCGACAUGAAGCGAUGCGGCAAGAUGGCCACCUUCCCACCAAGCGAGCGCGUCAUGGGCCCCGUCGUCAUGUCCAGGUGCAUGUACGCGCAGCUGAAGCAGCAGCAAUUCCAGCCGCCACCCGUGUUUGGCCGCAUGCCCCCGCCAUCCUCCAGCGAGUACAACGCAUACACGCUUGGCGCCAAACUCGCAUGCGGGUUUGAAAUCCUGGCCAGCAAGGCGCCCGUAUUGGAUCUCGAUCGACUUGACGAGGAUGUGCGCUUCCAGCAGUUUCUCAAGGGCCUGGAGCACCACAGCUACUUUGGCGCCAACAUCCCCGGCUCCAAGGCAUACCGCGAGAAGAUGCAGGCUGCCAAGCAGGCGUUUCUGGAGAAGGUGGCAGCAUCGCAGCGCACCCGCGGCCGCACCGCAGACGAGAUUGUCAGCACCCAUAUCCAACGCCCAGGGCUGGACGACACGGAUGUGAUUCGGGCCCAGAAGCGUGAUGGCAGUGGUGAUGGCAGUGACGGGGGUGGUGUGGUGGACGAGGGCAGGCAGCAACGCAACAGCAGGCCACGUGGCGAUGGCGGUGCCGGCCUGGCAUUGAGCACAGUGCAGCUGGAGGCGCUGCGACUCAGGACACAGAUGGACGCAUGGAGCAGCCAUGGUGACAAUGGUGGCAGUGGUGAUGGCAACAGCCGUGUUCAAUACACGCCGCCAGCACACAUUCGCGAGGACAGUGACGAGUGGAUGACAAUGACACCGACAGAUUUGGACAAACUGCUGUCCGCAUACCAGCUGCUGACAACGGAAGCCAAGCAGGAGGAGCGCAAUAUUGGCGAUGACGGUAGCCGUGGUGAUGGUGAUGGUGGUGAAGAGGGGAUGGCGGAGGCGGAGGUGCAGAAGCAGCUGCGGGCGAUGGCUGAUGGCAUCUCAAAGUUUGUUGGCAUGGAGAGCGGAUUCGAGGGCGCAGUCGACCUGAAUGACUACUUUCUGCAGGAAGACCAGGACAGCGACGACAGUGAUGAUGAGUAUGGUGAAGAUGGUGAUGGUGGUGGUGUAGUUGGUGCGUGGGGCGGGAAUGGUGAUGAAGAUGUGCAGCUGGACGCAGAGCAGUUCCUGUCCGGUCUUCGCACGCUCUUACAGCAAGUGGCAGAUGAUGGCGGUGAUGGCGAUGCAAUGACGGGAGGCGACGACAUGAAGGCUGGUGUGACCGCUGCUGGUGGACGUGGAAACAGGAAACAGAAGAAGCAGCACAAAAAGCAGCAGCAGGACACGCGGCGGGUGCACUUUGCUGAAGAUGUUGAGGCAGGAGAAGCAGGGAGAAGAGAAGGCGUUGGCAAAAGAGGAGAGCAGCGAGCGCAGGGUACCAGCGCCCGCAAGGAGAAAGCGGAAGGGGAGGAUGGUACAGAGGACCCGUUUGCAGACGUGCAUGAUCAGAUUGAACGCGAGCUCAAGGGCACAUAUGUCAAGCACGGAUACGUCAAGGAUCCGUUGAGCGCGGCGGACGAGACAGCGCCAACCCCACACGACAGCGAAAGCAGCGCCGAGCGUGGUGGGGACGAUGAGGCGUCGCCGAUUGCUCUGGACUUCAACCUCGUGCACAACUUGCUGCAGGCGUACGGUGCACAGCAGGGCGUGGCAGGCCCGGCAUCCACCCUCCUCCACACCAUCGCAUCCACAGCAGCAGCUGAGGAUGAUGGCCAAGGAGAGUAGCGUGUGUUGUGGUGUGGUGUGAUGUGGUGUGGUGUGUUUGAAAGAGUCGCUUCGCCCUUAUUCCGCAGGUGG